AUGAUUUCAGCUACACCCAAGUUGUCCGUGUUGCGUACCCAGACAAAUACGCUGUUUAUGUUAUGGCAACGCCACAACAUUGCGCUUGUGCGCGGUUUCUCUUCCGCAACCAUUCCUGAGAUCGACAGUGAUGCGCUUGUGGAGCAGUUGGACGCGAAGACCCCCGGCCUGCUAGUGCUGGAUGAGCUGGCAGCUGGCACCAUAAACGGCUUCUACAACGUGCCCACCCCUGUGUUCAAGCAAGCGGACACGGGCCCUCUGGACCGCGCCAUCCACGAGCGCAUCAAGCACGCCAAAGAGGUAGUGGUGCACUGCCUGUUUUGUAGUCCUGGUAAGAGGGGCCCCACAGCCGCUGCGGCGCUGCAGCAGCGUCUGCAGGCGCUUGGAAUCGAACCCGCGCCACGAGUCAGCAUCCUCAAGGGCGGCAUCGACGCCUUCAUGUCCAAUGCAGUGAAACCUAAAUUCACUGGGAGGUGUGCCGUACGGCAACAGUCGUGUAACAUGGGAGCUCUGUUGCCCAGCAACAGUCGUGGUCGGGUCGGGGCCCCCCUGGGCGCUUCGCGCUGGGGCCCCGCCCUAAAAGGUUCACCGCCGUAUCCAUCCAUGCCUCAUACAUCAUCCGCCGCCACCAGUUCCGUGAGUCCCCCAGAGCCUGCAAAGCCCAGCACCCAACCCCCAGCCUCUUCUAGCCCACUCAACAGGGCCGAAAACCCCAAGCCACCCACCCACCUAGACACCGAGCACACAAUCCAGUCCGCGCUCCCAAUCCCACCCCGCAAUCCUAAAUAG